CAGCUGACAGUGACAAUCCCAACAAUCACCUAAAAGAAAAAUGGUUGAUGUAUGAUAUUUAGUUGAUGCUUUUUGCUAUUAAAUUAAUGAAAAAAUAAUGCAAUUUAAAUUGAAAUGGAUUCAAAUGGGAAGAGAGGUUUACCACUGUUAAGAGAAAUCAUUAGAAGGCAACGUGAGGACUCUGAUGGAGGAGGCACAGAUUCUCCAGACCUGGAUUUUCUUUAUGAUGACACUGACUGCCAUGGAAAUGAAAUUGCUGAACUUUAUAGUUACACGGAGCAGCCUGAAUUACAACUUAAUGUCAAGGCAUUUGAAGACCAAAUGGAAUCAUAUGAAUUGCCCCCAAGCUGGCAAAGAUUAUCAGUAGAGAAGCGCCAUUCUGUAAUUAUGAAAUUGCUGGAUCAACUGGAAAGUUCAAAAAAGCCACUUAGAAUGAGGAGUGCCAGAUGUAUCCUGUACAUAGCUCAAGGGUGUUGGGCUGAAAUGCAAUCUGAUACAGAACAACAACACUGGUCUCGAAUAAAUUCCAUGCUACUUUAUCAAAAUGGUGCUUUUAGUGCGUUUACUGAUCUAUUAAACAUAGAAAUUGAGAAUAGCACUGCAGCUCAUGUAGCUAUGCGAAAAAUAGCUGUGUCACUAGCUGAUUCUCAGGAUCUUAGGGUUAUUUUGUCUGUUCUAUACACCAUCACUGAAGUUAUUAGAAAUGAAAAAGCCUGUGAAAACAAUGAAUAUAAAGAGGAGGUUGAUUCCUUUUGUCAUGAAAUAGGAAAUGCUUAUGGAGAUGAAUUAUUGGUAAUAAAGCUAUUAGGUAUGGUUACUAGGUUUUGUAGUGGGGCUGCACCACAUUUUCCCAUGAAGAAAGUGCUUUUACUACUUUGGAAGUUAUUGUUAGUCUCUCUUGGUGGGAUGGCAACUUUAAGAGAUUUGAAAAUUGAAAAGCGUAAAGCAACAGGUUUAACUCCACUAGAUGAAGAUACAAUGGAAAUAGCAAGGACAAUGAGGGCCUCUUCACCUCCAGCAAGUGCAUCCGAUUUACUUGAAGCACAAAACCAAAAAAGAAACACACGACCGUUUAGAAGGAGCUUGAUGAAGCAAAGUAGUCUGGAUGAUCAAGAAUCAUUAGGAAUGGAAAUGGAAUCAAAUGUGGGUAAUGAUAAUGGUGAUGAUUUACCAGAUAUGACAGAAUAUGAUGAACGACGCCCAAGUGACAAUAAUGAAGCUGGACAAAUGUUCAGCAAUCACAAUGUUAUUGGGUAUCACCAUCAAAUGUCACCUCUCCCUCAACAUGAUCUUUUACCAAGAGGUCUACCAUGGAAGCCAAAAGUCAGACAAAAGGAUAUUGAUGCAUUUUUGGAUACUGCUAGAAUGAAAUUCCUGGGGUAUACUUUACCUGGAGACACUACAACCUUAUUUGGAUUACCAGAGCCUAUUCAUGAAGGGCUGAAUAUCCUUAAAGAGCAUGUGUAUACUUCUUUGUCAGAACUGCAGAUACAAAAGGAAGAGGAGAUUGCAAGGAAUCCAAUGUCUACAAAAGAAGAUGAAGUUGAACUUACACCUGCUGAAAUACUCUAUCAAGCUAUGUUACCUAAUUUACCUCAAUACAUGAUUGCUUUAUUGAAAAUAUUGCUGGCAGCUGCUCCAACAUCUAGAGCUAAAACUGACUCCAUCAAUAUUCUAGCUGAUGUCCUCCCAGAAGAAAUGCCUAUGACUGUGCUUCAAUCAAUGAAACUAGGAAUUGACGUUAAUAGACACAAAGAAAUCAUAGUGAAAGCUGUUUCAGCAAUAUUGUUGCUCCUUCUAAAACAUUUCAAACUGAACCAUGUCUAUCAAUUUGAAUUUAUGUCUCAACACUUAGUCUUUGCUAACUGUAUUCCUCUUGUAUUGAAGUUCUUUAACCAGAAUAUUAUGGCCUAUGUUGGAGCCAAAAAUGUUAUUCCUAUACUGGAUUUUCCUUCAUGUGUGAUAGGUGACCAGCCAGAAUUAACAGGUGAUAAUUUAGAAAUAGGAGAUGCAGCUCCAUUUUCAUGGAGGAACAUGUUUUCUUGUAUAAAUCUGCUCCGGAUUUUAAACAAACUCACCAAGUGGAAACAUUCAAGGAUUAUGAUGCUGGUGGUGUUCAAAUCUGCUCCUAUCUUAAAAAGAACGCUGAAAGUUCGUCAUGCCAUGACGCAGCUUUAUGUUCUAAAACUUUUAAAAAUGCAGACAAAGUAUUUGGGAAGACAGUGGAGAAAAUCAAAUAUGAAGACCAUCAGUGCUAUUUACUCUAAAGUCAGGCAUAGACUUAACGAUGAUUGGGCUUAUGGAAAUGAUUUAGAUGCUAGACCUUGGGAUUUCCAAGCUGAAGAAUGUGCUUUAAGAGCUUCCGUAGAUCGCUUCAACAAUCGCAGAUAUACCCAAUUAAACGAUAGCGAUUUUGAACCUGUGGAUAAUUGUUUAAGCAGUGUACUAGGAACUAAUCAUGAACUAUCUGACAACUUCAAGAAGCACUAUAGCCUUUGGUUGGAACAAGAAGUGUACGGAGAUCCUAUCGAAUGGGAUAAAUUGUUAUUAGAUGAGAAACAAAAGUAAAUCCUACGUCGUCUAUCUGUCACACCAUUUAUAUUUUUUUAUACCUAAAUUAUAUUUAUUUUUCUUUUAACUUUAUACACAAAUGAUUUAUCAUUGGCCAUUUAUCAUUUUUAUUUUAUUUAUAUCAAUUACAGUCAUGAUAAAUCCAAAAAUUAUCGAUUUUAUUUUAAAACAGAUCUUUUGUUAUUUUGUUAAAUGCAAAUUAACAUUAAAAUUAACUUGUAAAAAUAAACCACAUGAAUAAAAUGAAUAAAAUAGUUGAAA